AUGUAUAGCAGUAGCAGCAGUGUCUACCAGAGACAUGAGGUCACAACUGGUACCCGUUCUCCUGAUACGGGUGUUACUGUUAGCAGCGGUGGACACAGUGCUCUAGAGCGCAGUUACCGUGACAACACACGUGCGGCGCUAGACCACCACCAUGGACUCACUACACCCAACGGCGGCGGAGAACGGCAGCGUCCCGCUCCGCGACAUGGGCUCGCGCCGAGACUUCAACGAGGAGGAGAUCGACGUCAGCGCGGACAGCCAUCGCGCCACCUACAUCCACCUGCGACUACCCAAGCGACCUCGACGACCUCACCGGGGCAGCAGUCACUCCCGCAAGCGCCAGGCCGAGAAACCGAGCUCUGUGGUGAUGCCGUGAAUCCAGAUCCAGUCUCAACAUUUGUUCCACCAGCCAGUCUUUCGCCGAGUGAGCAGAUACAGAUCCUGCUGGGAGAAGGCGAUGACAGGGAUCAGGCCCCGAAGGUCUUCUGUCAGAUGGACGCCUUGGAGAAGCCCACAGAGUCCUACCAGUGGAAGGAAACCGCUAGGUGGGUCAAGUACGAGGAGGAUGUGGAGGAGGGAGGCGAGCGCUGGUCCAAGCCGCACGUGGCCUCUCUCCUACAUUCCCUCUUCGAGCUGCGGUCUGGACUGACGGCCGGCGCGUGCAUGCUGGACAUGGAUGCCCAGAACAUCUUCCAGUUCGCUGACCUGCUGCUGGAUCACAUGAUCAACAAGAAGUUGCUGGAGGAGGGCCUGCGGGCGGAAGUGCGAUCCGCUAUCGUUGCCCAGCAUUCCUUUCAGCAUGCCAAGCGCCGACGACAGUCCACACCGGACGGAGAUGGCGCCGCCAUGUUCCGCCGUCUGUCCAUGAAGCGGACUCUGUCGGAGAUCGGCCGGUCACUGUCUGUGAAGAGAGACUCCCACGGCUCCAUGGCACGCAUGCGCAAUCCAAACAGUCAGCCCAACCUGGAGAUGAUGAACGGAGACCUGGUGGAGUCUCCUUCUUCCACCAGGCUGAACCAGCAGUUCAUGCGGAAGAUUCCAGAAGGUUCUGAGGCGGCCAACAUCCUGAUUGGUGAGAUGGAGAAUCUCAGGUACCAGGUGGUGGCCUUCGUGAGGCUGUGUGAUGCUCGCCAUCUCGGGAUCACGGAAGUCCCGGUUCCCUCACGUUUCCUCUUCCUGCUGCUCGGACCCAAGGGAAGUCACUCCAAGAACCUGGAGAUCGGCAGGUCCAUGUCGACCAUCAUGGUCGAUGAGGUGUUCCGGGAGGUGGCAUACAGGGCGCGAAGCAGACAGGACAUCCUGGCAGGAGUGGAUGAGUUCUUGGAUCAGGUGACGGCCCUCCCACCUGGAGAGUGGGACCCCAAGAUUAGAAUCGAACCGCCACAAAGUGUCCCGUCACAGGACCAAAGGAAAGCUCCUCCGCCUGCGGCAGGGGAGGAAAAGGAGGAGGAGGAAGAGGAAUCUCACUGUGAUCCCACGCUACAGCGCACGGGCAGGUUGUUCGGUGGUCUGGUGUCGGACAUCAAGCGGAAGCUGCCUUGGUACCCCAGCGACUUCAAGGAUGGUCUGCACAUCCAGUGUGUGGCCUCUGUUAUCUUCUUGUACCUGGCCACCCUCACACCCAACGUCACCUUUGGGGGACUGCUUGGCCAGGCCACGGACCAGUACAUGGGGACCAUGGAGUGCAUUUUUACGGCCUCGGUGGUCGGGGUGCUGUUUGCUCUCUUCGCUGGCCAGCCUCUCAACAUCCUGGGCAGCACGGGCCCCAUGCUGGUGUUGGAGAUGAUUCUCUACAAUUUCUGCAAGGAGAACCAUCUGGACUUUUUGCCGUUUAGAGCCUGGAUCGGCAUCUGGACGACAAUUUUCAUGCUGCUGAUCGUGGCCUUUGACCUGUCGGCCCUCGUGCGUUACAUCACGCGCUUCACCGAGGAGUCGUUUGCUUCCCUCAUCGCCAUCAUCUUCAUCGCCGAAGCCUUUAAGAAGCUUUUCGGGAUCCUGGACGAGGCGCCGAUCAACACGAACCCUGGAGCGCCGCUCGACUACGACUGUUCCUGCUACCCGCCCAACACCACCUUCAAUGACGGUAACAUCACCUUCCCCAACCUGACCGACACAGUGACAACCGUGACGUCACUGCUGCUAGGCGACAACAGCACGAGCGGCGAGAUGUUCAACGUCACCGACGUCAACACCACUGACCUGGGCGUCAACUGGACGUCGCUGACCAAGGCCAUGUGCAAGGUGAAGGGCGGCGUGCUGCACGGGACUGGCUGCGACACACCCGAGUACAAAGCCGACGUCUUCUUCCUCUCCCUCAUCCUCUUCUGUGGCACCUACAUCAUCGCCAGCUCGCUGUCCGACGCCAAGACCAGCUCCUUCUUUCCUUCAGUCGUGCGUCAGACGAUGAGCGACUUCUCGGUGUUGAUCGCCAUCUUGCUGAUGGUGGGCACCGACGCCAUCAUCGGAAUCGAAACGCCAAAGUUGACAGUGCCAGUGGAGUUUAAGCCUACACGCAAUGACCGGGGCUGGUUGUUAACCCCUUGGAGUGACAAGAACCCUUGGUGGCUGAUCCUGGCAGCGACAAUCCCAGCAGUGCUGGCCGUCAUCCUCGUCUUCAUGGACCAGCAGAUCACCGCUGUCAUCGUCAACAGGAAGGAGAACAAGCUGGUGAAAGGUAGCGGCUAUCACCUGGACAUGUUCGUGCUGGCCAUCUGCAUCCUCAUCUGCUCGUUGAUGGGCCUCCCGUGGUACGUGGCGGCCACGGUGUCCGCGCUGGCUCACAUCAUGAGUCUUAAGAAGGAGUCCGAGUGCACUGCCCCCGGCGAGCGACCAACUUUUCUUGGUGUCCGGGAAAACAGACUGACCGCUCUGCUGGUGGGUCUGCUAAGCGGAUUGUCCGUGCUGUUCACCUCAGUUCUUAAGUUUAUCCCUAUGGCUGUCCUGUACGGUGUGUUUCUCUACAUGGGUGUCGCUGCCCUCAAAGGCAUGCAGUUCAUCGACCGUGUCCUCCUCAUCUUCAAACCGGCCAAGUACCAGCCGGACUAUAUUUACCUGCGUCACGUGCCCAUCAAGCGCGUGCAUAUUUUCACUGCCAUCCAGGUGUGCUGCCUGGCCGUGCUCUGGGUCAUCAAAUCGGUCAAGUCCGUCUCAAUUAUUUUCCCCAUCAUGGUACUGGGCACGUGUUUUGUGCGCAAGGCCAUGGACUACAUCUUCACCCAGCGCGAGCUCAAAUGGCUUGAUGACAUCAUGCCGGAUGCAGCCAAGAAAGAGAAGGAGGACAAGAUGAAACUACAGGGCCUGGAUGACGAAGAGAAAGAGAAUGCGAGUCUGCUGGGUGAGGAGUAUGACCGGCUGAUGGAGAUCAAAGUGCAGCACGAGCGUAUGGGCGAGAAGUACGGACAGCGCGUGACGCGUCGCGCCUCCCUCGACACCGACCGCGUCAACAUCAGCGAGGAGAUGACUCGCACCGGCAUCUGGAUGCAGCUUCGCAACAACAAGCCUGAGUUGGAGGAGAGUAACAGACAUCACCGAAAGAGACGAAGUGAGAAAAACAACAUCGCCAACGCAAACGAUAAGGCUGCCGCCUUUUAUUUACAAGACGACGAAGACCACGAUCCAAAAGCAUAAAUGAUGGACUAGUCGAUGGAUUUGUCAUCUACUUUUGACAUCAGUGCAGCUGGACUGGGCCACGCCUAGCUCAUCAGUGGAUCCUUAUUUUCACACUAUUCGUCUCGACAGGAGACAGCAAAUGGCCGCCAUGUUUCCUCUCUCGUUAAAAGUUUUUUAGUUUCAAAAAUUAUUGGUUGAAGCAGUAACAUUUCCCGUUUUAUUUAGACAAUGUGAUGGCGAUGUUUUUGUGAUGAACUAAAUCGGUUGUACAGAAAAUCACAAAGACAUCAAACGAUAUGGCAAACAACUUUUUGUUUUUUAUUAAAAGGAGAAUAUUAUAUUUAAAUUUAAUAAAUAUAUAUAAAUAUGUAUAUUUAGAACGGCAGCUUAUAACAUGUCAUUGUUCAUGAUUAGUCCGUAGAACAUUCUAGUGGCAAGGUCCCAGUGAAGAAAGGUGAAGGUCUUUUGAUAGCAACGACUGUCGCGUGAAGGCCACAAAGGAAGUGACUGGCACACUGCUCAGUGAGCAUGCUGAGUGUUGCUCAGUGAGCAUGCUGGGUGUUGCUCAGUGAGCAUGCUGGGUGUUGCUCAGUGAGCAUGCUGAGUGUUACUCAGUGAGCAUGCUGAGUGUUACUCAGUGAGUAUGCUGAGUGUUGCUCACGCCGAUGUUCCACCAACCGCAGGGACUCAUUUCUUUUUUUCCAGAUCAGCCCACCUUCUCGAUGCCUGCGAUGAUCAGGCGUUUCCAGAUCGAUGUGAUAUUAUGUGCAUUUAUUCUCUGCAAUUUUCGUUUGUUUCAUUUUAGAAAAAAUGAUUGGGAAUCUGGUUAGGUGUGAUGCUGACUAUUUUAAUUUUAAAGAAACAUACGCUACAAUCAAGUUUAUGUUUAUUUCCAUGAUCGUGGGAGAUCACGUGGUCUUUUUUAGGUGGAGUUGGGGAAGAUGUCGAGGGUGAAGGUCUUGAGACUGGGUGACUGCGCCCUGCUGUGCCUUGUGAAAGUGCCUAUCGUUGAAUAGUUGUGGUUGCACCUGUGCUCUGCAUUCUUUUUUCUUUUGCUGGGCAUCCUGUGUAUUUACCUGCCAUGAAAAGCUGACUCGUUCAGCGUCUGGAGGGAAGAUAGUGUCCAUGGAGGACAUUGUCCUGGAUGUGAAGAGUCACUAACGCGUGCAUCACAUCGAGGAGCGGGGUAGCAGAAUAAGAAGGGCAGGGGUAGGGUGGGGUGGUGUCAAUGACCGAGCUUCUCCCACGUCAUAGACAGGCCAGUGCAUUUAUGCCAGUGUUGGUGAACCGUGGAGCAGUCAGGAAUCAAUCCACGAUUUAGCCCGGUUUUUUUUUUUUCUUUGAGAGAUUCGAGGUCACGUGAUAAUUAGUCAACAAGCGAUACACAAGUCUUCCCACAUUCCUGCCCUCCAAUCCACCCCAAUCCCACCCCUUAUUAAACAUUACAGUGUUGAGUUAUGGUCAUAGUACAUCCGGGCUAUACGUGGGUGUGCUCGCACUCUUAUCUCUCUCUCAGCCAUUCACCUGUACACACGCUAGUUUUUACUCUUAAUUUCACCUGCACAAGAGGGCUUGAGUACUAGCAAUUAUUAUUUACAUGUCCUUGUUUUGCUCUUUACUGUAAAAAAAAAAGCACAAUACAUUAUGCAAUAGUUUUAGAACGAAAGAUGAUUCUUGCUUCGUCACACCACACCUCUCUGACCACUGUUGAUGACAACCUGUUGGUGAAGGAUUGAGUGAGACUCGUGUGUAUCAUGUCACGUGCCGGACUGCAGGUAACACCAGGUGAUCACAACGGUUUCCGAGAAGUUAAGCCCUCGAGUUCACGUCGACCUCCAUCACUGUACUUUAACAGCUAAAUGUUUUCCUAUUUGUAAAGGUUUAUACCAAUGUUUUAAUGAAAGAUGUUGGCUAUUUUAUAAGCAAAUUACUGUGAGUUGUUAUAGUUUUAUUUACUAUAUCCAGCAUCAUCAACACACUAUUGUAUGUAUGGAAGAUUGUGUGAGAGAGAGAGAAACUAAGAAUUUGUAGGUUCUUCAAGAAAUGUACAAGUAGAGAAAAGGGACUGUAAAUACUACAUCACGAGGCCCGAAAUAUCGGAAAUUUAAAAAAAAAAAGAUCUGUAUGUUUUUAACCUACGGCAACUGAAAUGUUGGUUCAGAAAUAACAGCUAUGAGUGACCCUUAAACAGCUUUAAAACAUUUAAUUUGCUUCUUACACCGAUAGAACUGAAAAUUCGGUACAGAUGGAACUUUGUGUGUAUGUUAUAAAAAUAUGUCUUAAUUUUUGCUGCAAAAUAAAAUGUUUCUGUUACAAGUGUCCCUUCCAUGUGCAAGCUAAGCUCACUUGACAUUUUAUGGUUCAUAAUGUUUCCCAACCUUUUAUAAAAUAAUUUAUAUUUAAAACGUUUAUCGGAUGCUUAUUUUAAUAAUAAUCUGACCAAAUAGAGUAUAGACCUGUAUAAAGAGAUCAAAGAAGUGAAUUAUGAACACGAAAUAUCAAAUAGUUUUGUCUUUAUUAGCUCUGUACUAUUAGCAUAUAGUAAUUUUUUUAAAUAGGUAUUCAUUUAUAAUCAGUGUUUCAUAAUCUACAAACUAAACAUGAAUUUUUUUUCGUUGCUUGGGAAAAUCGUUGUUUUUAUUUGCAUCAUUUAGGAAAUUUUGAAGUUUCUUCAAAAAGACAGUAUUCACCUGUAAAUAACAGAUACUCAUGUCACCAAACAAUUUUUUUCCCGAGGAUGUAACAAAAUAGUUUUUGGAGAGAGUUCAGUGUUCAUGUGUCAUACUAUGAGCCGCUUUCAUUCCGACUCAGUGAAUGGACAUAAUUUUCAUGAGUUUAUUUUUCUAUGAACCUAGAAAAGCUGUUAGCAGCUGGCUUUGUGCCUUGAUCGACGUCUAAGGUUCUAAGUUAAUUAAUACAUCCUCCUGUACAUAAUUCCAUUAAUAAAACUCGAACCGGACAAUUUACAAUUUUCCUGCCUCACAAUAUUUUACCUUGUACAUUUGACGGAAAAAUAAAGGAGAUUAAAAUUUU